ACUUCCUCCUGCCAUGACAGGCCCAGAGGAUCCAUCCAUACGCCAGGUGCUUCGGGCCUGCCCUGCCGUAACUUGUCUGCCUUCCCUUUUCUCUUCGGCUUCGUCCUUCUUUUCUCUCCAAGUCGAACAGAGAACCGCCGACGUCGCUGAGAUGAACUCAAGCUAUCGCCUGAACUGACUACCCCUGUUGCGUGCUAUCGAUACCUCGAACAUCGCGCCCUCGUAUAGAUUUCGCACAGCAUCCAUUCUCUCACAGCGAUACCCAAUAUGAAGAAGAAGUUUGCUUUUAAUCUGGCGCCUGUGAAGGCGCCUACGAAUAAGUCGCAAGAAUCGGCGCACCCUGCUCCCUCCGUCCCGCUCCCGCCUUCACAAUCGCAUGUACAUCGUGGAGAGUCCGAUGAAAUCACAUAUCCCUUUGAAUCAGAGUUUAUCUGUAGGAGACCGCUGACUCCUAAUACCGAGCGGGAACUUCGCGCUGCCUGCUUUCUCAUAGCGCGGAACUUGAAAGCGUCAGAUCAUGGUCUCGAAGAUGCGGAUCCGAGGCUGGACUUCAAGGGCCCGGCCACGCGGAGGGAACACAAUGUCAAUGUAGAGGACGUCAGGGUCCAUCGGCCUACAGGCGCCCCUUCAGAAUCAACAGUUGGCAGGCAUGAAAGUAGACGCACCCGGCAACCCCAGCGAUUGGAGGGACAUCAUCCUGACGCAAACACGGUGAAUGCUGCACGGAGACGACAGCCGGAUCAAGCACCCAACCCUAGCGAUCAUCGAGACCGAGGCAGCUCGUCGGACAAGGAACGCAGACGCGCGGAGUAUGCCAACCUUGCCAGAAGUGAGCGUGAACUGAAGAAGAAUCUUAAAUCAUCGUCCACACUAGCCCGUCAUCAGGUGGAGGCAGACGAUGUCAAGAGCGUCCAGACACAGCAUACGGCAUCAACGGAUGCCCAUUUGAACAGUGGGUCUACGGCACCCACAUCAGCGUCAGUGACAUCGGGAGAUACGUCGAAGCGCGGAUCCAGUAGGAUGGAGCAGAAACAAGCCAAACAUGCGCAAUCAAACAGGACCCAAUAUACAGAGCCCCAACCCCGACCCUCCUAUGAUCCCACUCCAAGCGCUCGACCACCAAGCCGCGCCAGGAGUAUUAGAAACCUCAUGUUUCCAGGAUCGGGUAGACUGAGCAGGCGACAGUCGCAGGACUCGUUAAGUACCGCCAACAGUCGUUCUUCGUCCCAAAUGGAUUCCGUUCGGAGCCCGUCGUCACACGGAUGGCGAAGUUGGGGCUUACAGCGCAUGUCAAGCUCGAGGAACAGUAGCCGGCCUGGGUCUUCGAGAGGUCGUGCUGUGGAAGACGAAAAGUCGAAGAAAACAGAAGUGAAUCUGAAUAGGGAACUGCCACCUCUGCCGAGUCUGGAUACCUGGAGAGACCUUCAGCAGACUAACAACCAGAAAGAAGCGACGUUGAAGACUACAGGCCCACACAUAGCGACUGUAAUGCGCACACAGGCUCACAUGCAUGAUUCUGCCCCGGCUCGUAACCAGCAUCGAAGAAGCGGCUCGGAUACCGUGGCGUUGAAAUAUAUGAGCUCUUCCAAGGUCAACACCGGCAGUCAUCCUGUUGCGAAGGACGCACCUCUCGGAAAAGGUCAUCCUCAACCGUAUAGCCGGGAGACUUCUAGGGACUUCGAUGAGCUGAUCUCCAACAUGGAUCUGUCUAAGUCCGACGAGAACAACCGGUACCCCAAGAUGAGCUACGACGGUAGUCGAUUGGAGCCUCCAAAUUUCUCGCGCAAGAUCAGCGCAGACCUGUCAUCUCCGCGCCAACUGUAUCACGCAUACACCAAGGAACUCUCCAUUGCUCCCCCAACGCUCGCAGUCAGAGAGGAAAAUAAAUCAAAGUUGAAGAAGGUGCUCAGCACUUGGAUGCUUAAGAAGGAGAAGCAAGGGAACUGGAUGGACCAGUUCGAGAAGAAGGGGAUCAAGACCGGUGUUAUGAUUCAGGACGAAGCUGCGCUUCCUCCAGUUGUUCGGUAUUGACUUGGCGAUGGAAACCAUGUCUUCUGACAGUGCAAAGCUGUUUAUUUUGUUGGAUAGCGUUCAAGCCAGCGCGCAGUAUACCUUGUACCGUAUCAGAGCGCGCUUUCGCAAUGCUCGUAAUCAUGAAUUGACGACUCAGCUAAUGGAUAAUGCAACGCGCUUGCGACGAGUAGACUGCUGUGUACAUAGGCUGCAGGUAGGCGUAGAUACACUUUUAUAUUCUUCCGAGAUUGCUUGCAACCUCGACAAUUACCU